CUUUAGGAAGCCAUUAUGAAAUGGGAGAAGUUAAAGCCUCCAGAGCCAGAUGAUCCUAUGUGUUGCUGUGAAUGUGAUAUCUACCAGUACGGAUGUUGCUGUGACUGUGAAGAUCUGGAUGAAGCCUUUAGCAGGUGGCUCAAAGACAAACCCUCUAAAAGUGGAUGUCAGUCUCCAGUGUUUGGGGCCUUGAUGCAGAACCUGGAGAUCUCCCUGAUCCCGGCCCUGCUGCUGCUUCCUCUCCUGCUGAGGGUUGCAGCGCUGCACUACCUGCUGGGUAUCAUCAUCCUCACAGCUCUGCCCGGCCUGGUGCUGUGGUAUUACUACGCCACGCACAGAAAGAAGAGACGCACCCUCUUCUUCCUCACUCUCGCCCUCUACUCUCUGGCCCACAUGUACUACCUCUUCAUCACAGAGAUUUUACCUCGAGGGGACGUCAGCCAGCUGCAGCUGUUUACUGUCACCACCGGCAUGAUUCUCACCAUACUGUCUCUGAUUAACACCAAGAGAGGCCCAGGCUUUGUGACUGCUGCUCUGCAUGAAGCACACAGCCGCGAUCAGGAGGCAGAAAAAAAGGACUCUGAACACCUUAAUGGAUCUGUCCAAUCAGCAGCCUCCUCCUCAGAGUCAAAACCACAGACCCUGACAGCUAAAUGGAGCAGGUGUCCUGUGUGUAAACUAAUGCGACCUCCACGGGCCGGACACUGUCGGACCUGUGGAUCAUGUGUGCAGCGUUUGGAUCACCACUGUAUCUGGAUUAACAGCUGUGUCGGGCAGGCCAACCAUCGCAGCUUUCUGCUGACCCUCUGUGUAUUCCUGUUGACCUCUGUGUACGGGAUCAGUCUGGUGCUCUGCAGCCUCUGUCCUCGACAGUAUCUGAUGACAGCUCUCCUCUACUGCCCCGGAGUCUACAGUCAGUCCAGCACAGCCCUUUGCUUCACCUGUGCUUGGUACAGCAGCAUCGUCACAGGUGGACUGCUUUACCUGUUGGUGACACAAGUCCUGAAUAUCAGCUUCAAUGUGACGGAGCGAGAGGCUCAGCUGGCUCUGAGGAACAAAACAGGCCAGAGCCGCCUGUGGGGACUGGUGGUCGACACCGGAGAGUUUUCACGUGGCUUCUAUCAGAACUGGGUUGAGUUCCUCACCAUGACAGAUGCCUCAAUUUCAGGAAAAUGGUACCUGAUUGGAUUUGCCACUAACGCCCAGUGGUUUGUCAGUCGCAAAGGCAGCAUGAAGAUGGGCACGGCUAUGCUCACCCCAACUGCUGACGGGGACAUGGACAUAUCGUACUCCAGCCUCAACUCUGACGGCUCAUGUUGGCGGAUGAACAACCUGGCCACGAAGACCAACACGCCUGGCAAGUUCAAGUACACAAGCCAACGCUGGGGGAAUGUGAAUGACAUGCGGGUGGUUGAUGUGAAGUACGACGAGUACGUUCUGACUCAGACCAUCAAGACCAAGGGAGAUGAUUCCACCGUUGUCAACAAACUAUACGGACGUGGAGUUGACCUCAGCCCUGAGCUGCGGGAGAAGUUCAGGCAGUUCUCUCUGGAAUCUGGCGUCCUGCCUGAAAAUAUCGCUUACCUUCCUAAAAAUGAGGAGUGCCCAGCUGAAUAAUUUUCUGUCCUGCUUGUCCUGUCAGAGAUGUUUUCUGUGGACCUUAACAUUUGUGGUGAAAAUUCUACAUCUUUCUACUUCACUGCUACAAACUGAAACAUUUCGGUUGAAUUCUGCUCUUUUAAAUGUUAAGGAUAGCUCUUAACGAUGUACAGCCGGGUUUCAGCACUGUGCUAUCAUCUGCCUGCAGCUGUAACUGAGAGCCGUCUUCGCAAAUAAAACAAAUGGCUAAAAUA